AUGAAAGACCUCAAUGUGAGACAGGAAUUCAUCAAAAUCCGAGAGAAGAACAUAGGCAGCUACCUCUUCGACUUUGGCCGCAGCAACUCCUCUCAAGACACGUCUCCAAAGGCCAUCCAGAUCCUGAUUGGCCUGAUACACAUUGGCCUCGGUUCCAUCAUGGCCACCGUACUCUCUGGACACUACACAGCUAUCUCACUCUAUGGAGGCUUUCCCUUCUGGGGAGGCAUCUGGUUCAUUGUUUCAGGAUCCCUCUCAGUGUCAGCAGAAAAUCAGCCAAAAUCUUCUUGCCUGCUGAAUGGCAGCUUGGGCUUGAACAUCGUCAGUGCAAUCUGUUCUGUGGUUGGAAUCAUACUCUUCAUCAUGGAUAUGAGUCUCGCCCCCACCUAUGCCUACUCUCUCUCUUAUUCCCACUAUGCCACCUGGGGCAUGACCCCUGGCAUGGCUAUUUCUGGUAUGCUGCUCAUCUUCUGCCUCCUGGAGUUCUGCGUAGCAUGUGCAUCUUCCCGCUUUGGCUGCCAGCUGGUCUGCUGUCAGCACAACUACGUGGGUGUGGUCCUCCCGAAUAUCUGUGUGGCAAACCCAGGGGUCAUCCCAGAACCAGUGGACUUGCCACCAACUUAUUUCAACGAGGUCCAGGGCUCCAGAUAA